CUGCUGUGGACAGGGUCAGCAACAAAAUGUAUUUUAGCCUCAUUCUGUCUGUGAAAUGCCCUCAAAUAAAUGAUGAAAGAAAAGUCAAACGUUGAUUGAGGAAAUUAUUGCAAGGCAUUAAAUCAUAAGAAAUCAGGAGUGAACAAAUUAAAUGGUCUAAAAAGUCUGAAGAGUAUUUGGCUGUCAACUUGUAGUUUUCCAGUCAAAUCCAAUCUAAGCAAUUUCAGGAGGCCAUCUGUAUGCUUUGACCCCUCCUGACGGCAGGCCUGAACACAGGAGCUGCUGCUCUUCCGCUGCCUCCAUCAGUUAGUUAGUUUGUGUUAUUGUGUGACUUUGGUGAAUCUGAACUAACCCUUUAAACACCAACGUCACACAAUAACACAAACAAACUGAUCGAGGCGCGGAAGAUGCACAGCUGCCGUGUUCAGCAAUGUUAAGUUACUGUUUUUCUUCAGAGGAGUCUAGCUUCAUUUUCCUGUUGGAAAUCACUGUCUGACUGCAAAGUAAAGCACUGGAAAUAUUAGAAACGCAGCGUACAUUUAAACUGAUACGGAUGUUUUUAGGUGGCUAAAAUACAUUUUGUUGCUGACCCCUCCACAGCAGUACAUUGCUUAGCUUCCAUGUCGGACUCCAGCCUGCUUCUCCAAACUGGGGGCAUGCCGACUCACAUCUACUGUAUGUAAUACACUGUCUAUGGAUAAGUUCCCCCAUACGACCCCAGUUCAAAAAAUCUGAACUUUCCCCUUUCAAGUAAUUAAUAUACAUUUAAAUAACAUUUACCUCAACAUAAAGACCAGCAGAGUUAUUAUGGUGGUCCAGGAGACCAGUUUCUGUUGACAGCAGGAUGAGGUAACGCUCUGCUGUCAGAGGUCUUCAGUGUUUCCCAAUCCGAAUGCUUGAAAUUCCUUCUGUGACACAGCUACCAAAUUUGUUACGUAUGAGAAGCAGCCUGGGAGAGCUCACUCGCUCAACCUGAACAUCUCUGACCAAAAUCACAUCUCUGUUCAUAUCAGAGCUAUUUAUCAGGCUUGUCAUUGAGAAUAAUAAAUCAUUUUAUUUUCAAACAUCUUCAUAUAGCUUUGUCUUUAUCUAACUCAGGCUCAUCUGAAUCCUGUCACCAAACAGAUUACAUAAUUUUGCCAAACCUAUUUAUGGCACUUAUUGCAGUCACCAUUAUAAACUGUACUGUCACAAUGCAGAGAAACCAGUUUGUCUUCAUGAGUCAUCACCUGGAUUUGCAUGAAUCAUAAAAAUAAGACAGUUCCUUGUAGCUUGUGUCUGGACUUCCAGUGUAAUGUAAUAUGAUGAUUCUAGGUAAAGCCACACGGAACAAUCUCAAGUCACCUGCUGAACAUUAGCACCAUGCAUUUUUUGAUCCUGAGGUCACAGAUCCCAACUGAUCCACUGAUCCCACUACAGACAGUGUCAGCUAACACUCAACACUAAGGCCAAGUUUAGUUUCAGGCUGAAUAAACCUCUAGUAUCUGGACUUACUGGCACUUCGAGGCCACAAAUGUAGCACUGAAUAGGCAAAAUCAGGCAACUAAAAUAAAAAAUAAAUAAAUAUUAUAAUACAUAGCUGCAUUUUAGAGGAGCUGGAUGUAUAUUAGGACCUAAGUGAUAAAAACUGACAAUCGACUGACUAUCUCCUCUAAUAUUACAAUUUAUUUUUUUGUGAUAUCAGAAAUAUUUAUUCCUAACACCAGAAGUAUCCUGUAAAAGUUCAGUCCUUGAUAUUAAAACUGGAUUUUCAGUAAGUUUUUAAACACAAAGUCUGCAUUUUAAAGCUGAAGGUGUUUUGUUCGACACCACUGGACAUUUAGGGGCCAGGCAGGGUCUUAUGAAAGACACUGAUGCAUUAUGGGAAGUGUAGGAUCCAGCUUUUGGGGGCUUGACCCACACUGUGGACUAUAAAUGUCAAGAUAUAUGUUAGGAUAACUCAGCCUCUGCCAUUCAAGUUUAUGAUAGUUUACUAAAACUAAAGAAAAAACUAAAAGCAGGUGUUAAAAACAUUUUAGUUAACUGAAAUGAAAAUAAAACUAGACUUAAAGAAAAAAUGAAAAAUACCUGAAACCAUAUUGUGUACAUAGAAAACAAACUAAAAUUAAAAAUAUACAAAAGUUGUAAUUUCAAUCUUUGCCACUUUGGUCAAGUUGGUCAACACAACAGGGAUGAGGAAGCCUUAGUGCGUGUGCUUAUUGUCACUGGGAUGUUUCCGUAACUGUGAGUCAACUGCCUUCACAAAGUGCUGUGUUUUUAUUGUAAUACCUAUUGUGAACUUCUUAUAUCUUGCCUCUGAAAAAUACCCCCCAAAAAAACCCAAACUAAUACUGAAACUAAUAAAAACAAAACUGAAACGUAACACUUUUAAACAAUUAAAACUAAAGUGAAAGGAGCAGACCCACUGUGGACACUAAGUGAGAGUAAACUGAAUUAAAAUAAGAAAAUUAAACAAAUCAAAAAAGAAAGAAAGAAACUAUAAUAACUCUGCUGCCGCUUUGAGUUUGACCCUUUUUUUUUUAACUCUGUCUAUCAAUUGUAUCCCAGCUUCAUGAAAGUGCACUACUGAAUCAUUUGACAACAACAGGGGUUGUAGACUUAUGAGUUACAGUUUGCUCAUUUUUAAUGUCCGACUUCCAUAUUUCUAGCUAUGGAUGGAUUAUUGAGGGGGGCUACCACGUACUGGCUCCACGGCCUAAAGGGUCAGGGCUCCCUCUGACCUUCAUCUGCAAAAUAUCACUUAAAUUAACGCGUACCAACCGGGAGACCGAAAUGACAACAAAGAGACAAAAAAAGAGCAUGAAAAGAUACAAAGGGACUGCAAAUAGACACAAAAUAAUGACAAAAAGGGGCAAAACUACCACAAAGAGACACAAAACAACAAGAAAACAAACAUAAAGUGACACCAAACAACUAAGUAGAGACACAAAACCCCAAAAAGAUGUACAAUGACUACAAAGACAUGCAUAACAACAGAAAACAAAAGAGGCAAAACCAAAAAGUUUUGAGCCCCUUCCCCACUGCACAAAACCCCCACUAACACCUGCUUACAUCUGACUUUUUAAUGUAAUGGGAAACUUAACAAUCAUCAUCCACUCCCACGUCAGAUGACUCUGCAGUAGUCACUGGUAUUUAUCUGCUCCGGCUCUGAUGGGCAUCGAUGGCAAAUACAACACCUGGGUGAAUGCACUAAUUUUAGCCCCUUUACCAGGGAGAUGAUAUCAUCGUCUGCGCUUACACAUCGAUCCAAAUGAGUCUGCACUGAGUUCAAAAGAGAGACUGAAUAAGUAAAGCUCUCACAGCGCUCCAUGCUGCUUUCUACUAACCUGUCCGGUCUGUUCAUGACACACAGGAAAAAAAAACACACACACAGAAAGGCAUACUCGUCUGCUGCAGAGCCGUGUGCACAGCUCUGGUCUACUGGCAGUGGGAAAGGAGUCUGUUGCCUAUUUCAGCGGGUUUACCCUGUUUUAAAAACACCUGUUGACGCACUAAUAUUAGUGUAAAAUGGAUACAUGUGCUCCUGUGCAGUAGGGGGGGUGGGGCCUUUUGCAUGUCUGCACCCAGGAGCCUUUUGUCUCAUACUCCGCCCAUGUUGCUAAGAAUGAAAAGUGAAUUUAAACUCAUUUAAAGCUGCCAUAUUUUACUAUGUAAUCACGAGCUGUCACAAGUCAUCUGCUGAGUCACGUGGACGCACAGAUCCAAAAAUAAUUUGAUUGGUGACAGAUGUUUGGUAACUUUAGUUCCCUCUUUCCCGUCUCUGUUUGCUGACUGUUGUUCUGUGACUCAGGGGCCACCCUGCACUGAGUCACUGAGGCAGCCCAGCAGGUGUCUCAUAGGUCGACCCCAGCUGCCUCCGCCCUCCUCAUCCUCCUCUUCCUCCUCCCCGCGCGCUUUACCUGCUGCUGUGUAGCUGAGCUGUCGAGCGUGCGCACUCACUGCUCAAUGGCCCCAGACUCAUGCACUCCAACAAACACUCGUCUUCAAAUGGAUUAUGAGACCAAGAUUUUCCCUCACAUCGGCGGCUAUGGACGCUACAACCGACUCGUGGUUCUUUUCAGCUGGUUCCCAAACUUGGCGGUCAUGCUGAAUCUAUUCAGCGACGUCUUCUACACCCUGAUCCCGGAGUCGUAUCACUGCAGGACGGACCCGCAGCUGCUGCCGUCCGCUUUCCUCCCCAGCAACUUCUCCAGACAGGGGUACCUGAACCUCACCAUCCCCUGGGUGAACGGCUCCGGGCUCAGCCACUGCGAGUUGUUCAAGUAUCCAGCGAACAGCUCGGAGUUUUCCGAGAAGGUGCCCAGGGAGAGGGUGUCCUGCACCGUGGGGUGGGAGUACUCCCAUGUUGCGGGGCUGCACAGCAACUUUGUCACGGAGUGGAACCUGGUUUGCAGCGACUACUGGAAAAUCCCUUUGCAGCAUAUCUGCUUCAUGACAGGAUGGAUUCUGGGAUACAUCCUCCUUGGUACAUUGUGUGACUGGUUUGGUCGUCGGCUCUGCUUCCUCCUCUCCAUCAGUCUGUCCAGUCUGUUAGGGGUGGCCGUGUGUUUGUCCAACAGCGCCGUGGUGUUUCUGCUGCUGCGUCUCUCUCAGGGCGCCAUGCUCGCCGGUGUGUUCGUAUCCUCGUACAUUGCCAGGUUGGAGCUGUGCGACCCUCCUCAUCGUCUCAUGGUUGCCAUGGUCAGCGGCUUCUUCGGCGUGUUCGCAGAGCUGCUGUUGCCGGGCAUCGCUGUCCUGUGCCGCGAUUGGCCUGUUCUCCAGGCUGUGGCCACUUUGCCUCUGCUCCUGCUGCUUUCCUAUUGGUGCUGUGCGUCAGUGUUUCCUGAGUCUCCUCGCUGGCUGCUGGCCACAGUUCAGAUCCCCCAGGUGAAGAGGAGCCUCCAGGAAUUCUCCACCAGGAACGGGGUUUGUCUGCGAGAUGAAAUCUACCCUGGUGAAAACAUGCUGUCAGAAAUAGACUCAGCCUACGGAGAAGACUGUCAGUCGAGAUACUUUACAGUUUUGGAACUGCGUCGGACUCGUGUUAUCUGGAAGAACUGCCUCAUCCUCAGCUUCACGCUCUUCAUCGGGACAGGCAUCCAGUACUGUUUCACCAGAAACCUGCACAGUUACUCCUCCAACUUCUACUUCAGCUACUUCCUCCGAGUGAUAACCGGAGCUCUGGCCUGCAUCUUCAUCUGUUUGUCGGUCAAUCACUUUGGUCGGCGUGGUAUGCUCCUGCUCUCUGCCAUCAUCACCGGACUGUCAUCGCUGCUGCUGCUGGCGCUCACUCAGUAUCUGCGUGGAGGUCUGGUGUUGGUGCUCUCGGUUGUGGGUCUGCUGUUCUCUCAGGCUCUCGCCAUGCUCAGUGUGCUGUUUGCCUGUGAGGUGAUGCCGACUGUGGUUCGAGGUGGUUGCCUCGGCCUGGUGCUGGCAGCAGGUUGUGUUGGCAUGGCCGCCUCCUCCCUGAUGGAGCUGCAGAACAAUGGCGGCUACUUCCUCCACCAUGUCAUCUUCGCCUCCUUCGCCGUCCUCUCCGUCCUCUGCAUAAUGCUCCUACCUGAAAGCAAACGCAAGCCGCUCCCAGACUCCCUGAAGGACGGCGAGUGCCAGCGCCGGCCUCCUCUCUUCAUGUCCCGGCCGGACAGGGACAACCUGCCGUUACUGUGCACCCGGCAGCCUUUAUCGGAGUAUAACCCUGAUAACUACUCCCGCUUGGUCUCUGCCACCAGGAGGAUGUUGAGUAAAGAUAACUUGCCUUACAGGAUCGCUGUGCCUCUGCUGUCGGACAGUGAAACACAGGAACAAGACAACGAGGCGCAGAGAGAGGUUGUAUCUUAACUCUGAUAGCAGAUCCUCCUCAUCCUCUUUGUACAGACUUGGAUUGCUCCUCCUUUUUCUAGACAUACCUCCACAGACAUCGUCCGCCUUUAAUUAUUGUCUAAGUCACUGGUUGGUCACAACUCAGCUGAAGAACUGACCUCGGCUUGGAUGCAGUGCACUUUAGAGCAAUGGCUCCAAGUCUCUUCUUGUUACAUUUGUACUCUUGAAGCUGUUACUGUGCUGUGGCAUUUUCUCAUGUGGAUUCAGGUGAUGCACUGACAAACAGUGGCCUUCUUUAACUAGACUUUUUCGUCGUCCAAAUAUUUGUGAGGGUUAAAAUUGUCCUCCUUUUGAGACUGUUACACUGCAUGUCAUGCCUGCUCUCGUGUGGUAAAUCUCCCUGAGAAUGCUCACACUUGUCAUAACUUUGGCCAGUGCAGUUGAGGUCACAUUGCCGCUCUGUGUGGAGGUAUUCAAACCAAAUAGUUAGACACUAGUUUCACCAGAGCGUGCAGCUGCUGCGGAUCAUGUGAGCAGCAGUUCUUUGUCCGUUUAUUAGUAACUCAUGCACUUUUCAUUAAGUCCGUCCGUCUGAGUCACUGGCAGUGUCUCAGUGCUGAGAGGAGCCCGAGGACACACAGGACUGGUUCACAGUCUUUGUGGAGUCUUGUUAUGCUUGUGAUGCACACAAGAGGGCGCUGAAUGAUGCACUGGAGACUGUGUGAUCAAGGAGUCAAAGAAUACUUGUUAAUCUACCUUGUUAUUCCAAAUGCUUCAUUGAGAAGUAACUCCAGAUACCAACCAGAUGAUAUUGAAUUCUGUGGCUGAUGAGUUUUUCUGCUCUAUAAACCACUAUGUUACGAACUAUUAUUUAAAGUUGCUACUUUUACAUGACUUUUCUUUUGAGACACUGAAAGUAGCUGAUGAAGUGUAAAUGUACUAACCACUACAGCUGGCAGAUGAAAAGUAAAUCCCCUCUGUCUUGUGGUAAUUAUGAAAUGUGUCUUUGAGUUUUCUAAGUUAAAAAAGAGAGCAGUGUGGCUGUAAUGCUUCAGAAUUCAACAGGACCAACCUUAAAGGGACAGUUCACCCCAAAAUAAAAAAUAGUCAAUUAUAUUUUUUCUCUUUCUUGUAGUGCUAUUUAACAAUCUAGAUCAGGGGUGUCAAAUAUACAGCCCGGGGGCCAGAACCGGCCUGCCUAUGGGUCCAAUCCUGCCUUCUAGAUGACUUUGCACACCUAAUGUUGAUGCACAUGUGAAGGCGGAGUGGUUUCAGGAGCAGUUUGAACAAUGAGUAGAUACUUCAUGUGAAAUAGCCUCAGGGGCGUUUCCACUCUGACCAGAAUGCUGCUCUCUGAAAUAACAAUGAAUGCUUUCUAUAGUCAGAUUUAAAGAUAUUGAACAUUGUGCAAAAUAUUGUCGACCAGCAGCUUCGGUAAAAAAGAAUCUGUCUCAGACUUCUGUCUUAAAACUAUAUGGGUGGAACCCUGCUGCUGAGGAACUGACAAAACUUCAGAUUGUACGUUGUUGGUAAGGCAGUGUGGGAAAACUAAGACAUACUGUUGGAUUUACACAUAUUUUUCUCUCUUCUUUGUUUUGUAAAUGGAUGAGCGUUUUCAGAAUCAAAGAAAAAUUUGAAGGGGUUGUUAUUUAUAGGUUAUUAUGCAGUGGUUUCAGUGGUCCGGCCCACUUGAGAUCAAAUCUGGCCGUAUGUGGUCACAGAACUAAACUGAGUUUGACACCUCUGAUCUAGAUAGCUUUGGUGUGAGUUGCUGAGUGUUAGAGAUAUCAGCCGUAGAGAUGUCUGCCUUCUCUUGAAUAUAAUGGAACUAGAUGGCACUCUGCUUGUGGUGCUCAAAGUGCCAAAAAAAAAAAACAUUUGAAAAACUCUCCAGAAAUCACGACCCCGUUACUCAAGAUAAUCACCAGACCUUGUGAGCAGUUUCAUGUAGGAACUAUUUUCUUUCUACCGAACUACACCCACCAACUGUAUCACCACGCAGAAGGAAGCAUGUAUUUCAGAUGAGAGGCUCGUGCUUGUGACAGCGCUUAAUGUAAACAUUUUAAAUGUCCUCCUCAGCUGAGCUGUAACAUUAGCUAGCCCAGUCGUGCUAAGUGAGCUAGCAGUAGAUGCACGCUUCCUUCUGCACAGUGCCAGGUGUAGUUCGACAGAAAGAAAAUAGUUCCUACAUGACACUUCUCACAAAGUCUGUGGAUUAUCUUGAGUAACCGAGUCAUGAUUUCUGGAAAGAGACAUUGCUGUUUAGUUUUUCAAACGUAUGUUUCAUCUGACACUUUGAGCACCACAAGCUGAGUGCCAUCUAGUUCCUGAUAAAUAGCACCACAGAUAAGAGGAAAAUAUUUUGGGGUGAACUGUCCCUUUCACCUAAGGGCAUUAGUUAUUUUCAGUCUUCCUUUUUUUUUUUUAGCAUUUUUCUGUGUUUAAUGUCAAACAGUGAGGACAUUCUGUCUGUUGGUGCCCUCAUAUCUUGUGAGGUGAAUGUAAUUCAAAGGGUGUUAAACUCUUCAAGGCUGCAGUGUGUCUGAGUCAAAGGAGAAAAACCUAACACUUGAUCAGCCUUCAGGAGAGUGUCUUUGUGUAACAGUGAGCUGUACGUGCAUCAGAAUUCAAUUUAUAAUUUUACUUUCAGUGAACAAAGAGACUUUUUAUUGAUUGAAGCUCAGCCAGUCGAUCAGAGAAACUAACUACCACUAUUUGUGUUGAAACUCUUUUCUGUUAAUUUGUCUGUCAGUGUCCUUGCCAAGUGAAAACCUUAGUAUUUUUAUCUUGUGCCAUCAUGUCAUCAAGUAAUUUAAUCCAGUCAGAUUUUCCUGCCUAGCAAAUGUGUAAAUUAAAUUCAAAACAUGCAAAUCACCAACCUUAUUAGUUUAGAAGCCACACGUGUUUUGCAUCCCUUUACCCUCGCAGACCACUAGAUGGAGCUGUGGACUUGUACUGUACUACCUCCUGUGAAAAUGUCAGUAUAGUGAUGUUGAGGAAUAUUUUGUGUGUGUGUGUGUGUGUGUGUAUGUGUUUAUGCAUUCAGUUUACACUGGUUUGACUUAACCCAUGUAUCACUGUCAUCACACACUAACAUUUGCCCACAGCUGCUUCUAUCUGACAGUGUUACGAUUGCAUAAAAACAACCAGAUUAGUUCAAUAAACUCAACUUGGUCCGACAUGAU